AUGGCUGAAGGUCGCCUUUACACAAAGGUACCUUCCGUACCACACACAACCGCUUAUAGCGAAGAUGAGAAGUGUCAAGUUCUGGAUCUUGCUUAUUGCGGCAAGGCUGCAAAAAUGAUUGGCCUCAUCAAGACAAUCGCCGACCGAGAGUCCCUCACAGCCGGACAUAUCGCAGCCAUUACAAAAGACCAUGAUGGUGCUUCUAUCGGACAUUACGCAGCUCGUGGAAACUCUGUAGAGUCUCGUGCUGCCUUAGGACGGGCUCUCAUGGAGUUUACUGUUGGUGAAGCCAGCGUGAAGACAGCUGUCACUUUAGACAAGGACAAGAAUGGCAACUCCCCCAUUCUUGAAGCUUGCUACGUUGGCCAUACAGCAAUCAUUGAUAUCCUUCACAAGAAUGGAGGUUCUCUCACAUCUGUCAAUCUUAAUCAGGACACAGCUGCUCACCGCGCUGUUCUUGGCGGCUCCAUCACUGCACUGAACAAGUUGAUCCAGCUCAAAGCCCCUUUGGGCAAACAGAACAAGAACGGUGCCACCCCACUUCACCUCGCAGUUAAUGAGGAGGAUCUUGACCUGGUGGACGCAUUGUUGGCAACUGGUCUGGCACAGAUGGAGGUGAAGAACAAGCAGGGCAUGACAGCUUUGGAUAUUGCCGAGGAGAAGGAGCUAGGGGAGAUAGAGGCCUUGUUACGACAUUACCAGUUCUAA